AUGGUACUUUCGCUGCCGGUACCGAGCUUCUCCAGAUCCUCCCCGCCACGCCCCGCUGAUGACACGUCUGUCUCUCAAGAUCGCCGACAACGCGGAUCAGCUUCGUCCGCAAGCUCUUCUUCCAGCCGAAGCACUUGGAAAUCGCCUUUACUCGGAUCCUCUGCUUCGAGCACCUCGACGGCAUCGAAACCUCCUUCUAUCACGCUGAGCGAAGCACUCCGGAACAAUCCUUUCGGUAGCACGUCACGCUCCCGCUCGCUACAGUCUUCUGUUCAACAUGUGGGGAACGACAAAGACGAGCAAGAUGAACUCAACAACGCUCUUGAAAUAUUAGCCUCUACCUUCCCAGACAUCCGCAUCGAGGUAUUCCGGGAGCUACUGCUACGCUUCGAUGGGGAGAGCAGGCUCCAUGUGUGUGUUGAUCAAUUACUUCGGCACAAGGAGAAAUGGGUCGAGGGCCGAUGGAAUGUUCCUGGGGGUCAGAGUUCCGCGUCAGAACAGCAAAGCGUCCAACCUGCUGAGACAGACGGUCCUGGGAACCAGACGGGCGUUCCGGUCGAGGAGCGCUUUCGGUCGGUGGAAUACAAGACGGCAGUUCAGACAGCCUUGACCAGGGAAUUCGGUAGUCUGAGCAAAAGCACCAUCGCUGCCGUCCUGGCUGAAGUCAACUUCAGCUAUUGGCGUGCGCGCCCCACGCUACGAGAUCUAUCGGGACGGACUUGGCGCGCGACCUUCAAUAACAUUUUGACCUUUCGUCGCAAGAAAGAUCGAGACGAGCAUCCACUUAUGCUGUGGCAACGCCAUGCAGAUGGCGAGCUGACCCCUUCGUUGAAAGAGACCGGUUCUACCGAGCUGGAUGCGGAACUGCACGCCAUUCUACUCGCGCCUUUAUUACAUCAAAAGCGCGAGAACCAAGAGUCCAAUGACUUUCGUCUUGCAUCAGAAUUCAAUGAGUUGGAGGCCAAGGCUUUGGGCUCUCUGUAUGAAUGCGAGUGCUGUCUUUCCGAUGUUGUCUUUGAGCAGAUUGGAACCUGCACUUCCAAUGGUCAUGUGAUUUGCUAUCAUUGUAUUCAGCGGACAGUACAAGAGGCAAUCUUUGGUCAAGGAUGGGCCAAAUCAGUGGACAUGCGUCGAUCGACAUUGAAGUGUCUGGCUCCACUGUCCAGUGGCACCUGUGAUGGCUCGUUACCCGCAGCAGUGGUCAAACAGGCUGUUCUUCUCGACAAGGCCGGCGACGAGACGUAUGCCAGGUUUGAGGGUCGAGUGGCUUCGGAAGCCUUGCUCAAAUCUCGGAUGAAGCUCGUUCGCUGUCCAUUCUGCUCCUAUGCGGAAGCGGAUCCCGUCUACCACCCCUCCUCUCGUAACGUCCGCUGGCAGGUUCGUCGUGGUGGGAACAUGAUGUCCUCGAUUCUUACGACUCUCUUUUUACUUGAUUUAGUGCCUUUGCUUUUAAUUACGUGUCUUGUGCUUCUGAUGGUGAAUCCCUCCUCAAUUUCGUCUCUUCGUGAGAACGCGAUCCGACAUGUCUGUCUCCGAACACGGUCUAAACGAUUCACGUGCGCCAAUCCGGCCUGCCAACGUGUAAGCUGUAUGACGUGUCAAAAGGCCUGGCGCGAUCCUCACGUCUGCCAUGAACCACUUUUGCUAGACCUCCGAGCCACGGUUGAGGCCGCUCGGACGGCAGCAGUGAAGCGAACUUGCCCACGCUGUGGUCUCUCCUUUGUCAAAUCUUCGGGCUGCAACAAGCUCACCUGCGUUUGUGGGUAUUCAAUGUGCUAUCUGUGUCGCAAGAGACUCGGCCCGCGAACUCCACCUGCACCCGCAAGUGGACGGCGCGGGUUUGACCGCCAGCGGCCUGACGCCGCGGAUGGUCCUGCUGAUGGUGAUCUCCUUGAAGAAGACCAUGCGGCUGGGAAUGAGCAGGAUGAAAAUGAAGAGCCGGAAGGGGCGGAAGACGAAGAAUCUGUUGCGCGCCAGGCUGGCGACCAAGCUGAGCGGGAGUGGCAUCUUCGACAGAAGCAGUCCAGCUCCAAUGAGUCGACGCCGGAGAUGCAAUCACACAGCGUGAACUAUGAUCUCUCGGUGGGGCCUGCCAGCCACACCUCCGGUCUCCCUUCCUCGGGUGUCAUGUGGGAUCUUCAGCUCACUGGAAAACCGUGGCGAUAUUGGAUGAACGAUGUAUGGGUAGACGGACGUUGGAAGUCUGAAGGUCAACGAUUUGUCAAUUGGGUCGCGGAGCGAGUCAUUGUUAUUGAUGGGGUGUGA